GAAAGCUUCGUUAUGUUCAUCGGGGGUUUCAUUGUGGCUAUCGCAGUGGAAGACUGCAUGCUACAUGAGCGAAUAGCACUCAAAGUAUUACUCAUAGUCGGAGCUGAAAUAAAAUGGCUUAUGCUAGGCUUCAUGUUAACUUCAAUGACCUUGUCCAUGUGGAUAAGCAACACGGCAGCAACAGCCAUGAUGAUACCAAUUGCCGAAGCUGUCAUAGCGAAGAUAACGAAUGAUGGAAACAACGAUGAUAUCACUCCAGAAGAGAAUGAAUCUACUACAAAAGAUGAGCAAGUGGACGAAGAUGAAGAGAGAAGUAAUUCUACGAGCGAGAGUGAAACUUCAGAUUCUCGUCCUUCCGUUUUGAAAGUGACGCUUCUGUUGUGUAUCUGUUACUCGGCCAAUAUUGGAGGAACGGGAACAAUAACUGGAACAUCGCCUAAUCUUGUGCUUAAAGGUUUCCUCGAAGAGUUCUAUCCUGAAAGUAACGAAAUCACUUUUGCAACGUGGAUGAUGUACAACGUUCCUGGAAUGGUUGUGUGUGUUGUGUCUGGGUGGUUUUAUCUAUGGAUGAUAUAUAUUCAAUGCUCAAAGGUUGAUCACAACUUGGUAUCGAAAGAAUCCAUCAAAACCAUUAUUUCGAAACGAUAUGCCAAGCUGGGUCCAAUGACAUACCAUGAAAUGGAAGUUCUGAUUCUUUUUUUUAUCUUGAUUUCCUUAUGGGUACUUCGAGACCCGAAUUUCAUUACAGGAUGGUCCGAAGCCAUAGGAUCAGAUGC